AGUCACAGUGAGUGACACAUGUAUAUAACCCACCUGCCUGCCUGUAGAAUGAAGUCGUCCUACUCAACCAAGUGGCGUCAGGAUGAUCUUUCCCUUGUGGCUCGCAGUGGCCGUAUGCUGCCUCACAUGGCUUCCAGGUUUGCUCGAUGCCAAAUCCUUAUUGGAUGUCAUCAACCAGGAGGAUGUGGUGGGUCCUCCGAUCAGCAUCGGCUCCGCACGGGCCAACGACUUCCUCACCCGCUCCCGACCCAAGCGCAACGUGGACCCCAGAUGGCACCGAGGCAACCCCGACUUCCAGUCCUUCUACCGCUACUACAGCAGCAUCGGACACACCGAGGGGCUCUAUGAGAUCGACAGGCUGAGGAUGCUCUACCAGCAGAUGCGGAGCCUGGAGCAGGUCUACGGGCCGGACGCCACCCACUACCAGAACAAGCUGGGCAUGCCCGUCGCCGCCCAGUGCGACCCGGCCACCGACAAGAAGUGCAAAUACCUCCCGCCUCCCCCCCCGGCCGUGAAGGGCCGGUUCCUGCCAGAGGAGCUCCCCGCCACCCCUCCCCCUGGCACCCCUCCCCCUCCCCCCCAGCCCCUGAUGUCCCAGGCGGACGUGCUGUACCUGUGCAACCCCAAGGACCCCCUCUGCAAGCCGCACAUCGUGUACCUCCCCACGGGCGCCAUACCGGUGCUCUGCGACCCCCGCUACCACCCCACCUGCAAGCUCCAGAAGACCCCUCCGCCGCCGCCGCCGCCGCCGGCCCCCAAGGCGUACGCCCCCCCGCCCCCGUCCAUGGUGAUCAUCAAGAAGUCGUCCCCGCCCGGCCCCCUCCGCUCCUUCAAGGGCAUGGAGUACGACUGCGACCCCUACUGGGACCCCGACUGCCUGAUCGACCACCCGCCCCGCCCCGUCCAGGGCAAGGUGGCGCUGGUCCCCCGGCCUCCCGCCUUACCCGUGGAGGUGGAGGAAGCCCCCGCGCCGCCCCCUCCACCACCCCCCCCCCCAAUGAAGAAGAUGGCCCCCCACCCGUACGCCCUCUUCUACCCCAACGCCUACAACCCCGUGGACGACCUGUACGACCAGGCCCGCUUCCACUACCCGCAGCCCGCCGACGAGCCCGUCGAAGACGGCCAGUAGGGCUCCGGCCAGCCCCACCUCCACAACCACCACCUCCACCACCUCCACCACCACCACCACCACCACCUUCCUGUUUAAACCAAAGACUUGUGAUUCGAAUAUACUGGCUCAAGACAUCAAGCAUGCCUGGCCUCUUUCCUGCCAAGUGUACAGUUAACAUCUGUGUUCAAAGGGCAGGUAGCCUGUUAAUAAAACCUGCACCUCUAA